CAGCCUCACGGGGCACCCAAGGGGCCGCCUGCACAGGAAGGGGGGUAGGGGGUGGGUGUGUGUCGGACCCCCUGCUGCAGGGGUCCCCUGCGAGUGGGGGUCCCUCCAGGUGGGUCACCUCCCACUUACUUGUUCCUCUCUCCCUGGCCCCCCAGGUGAACCGUGACCGCUACCCUCUGCCGCCGCCAUGUCCCGCCGUAGCCAGCGCCUUGUCACCACUCGCUAUUACCCCGGGGACGACGAUGCCCCGACCAGCAGCAGCAGCAGCUCCCUCCUGGGGAGCCAGCAGCUCCCUUUUAAAGAGAGCUCCGGAAGGACAAUCAGGAGGAAAUCAAGCAGCACAAAGCGUCUCUCUCCUGCCCCCAGCACGCAGACCUCCUACUACAGUGAGUCUGUGAUGAGCGAGUCCUACCUGGGGGGCAGCCGGGGCCUUGCUGCCCUAGGCAGCUCCAUGCUGGAUGAUGACAUGGACAGCAGCACAUACUGGGGUGGGGACCUUCUCACCAGAAGGAGAAGAGGCACAGGAGACACCGAGUCCAGUAAGAUCAAUGGGCUGCUGGAGAGCAAGACAUAUGACACCUACGCCUCUUCCUCUGGGUACUCCUCAGAAGAUGAUUACGCUGGUCAUUUUUAUUCAGGCCAGAGUAGCUCUGGGUCAGGGCUGAGGACUGCAGCCUCACGGGUGGGCUCCUUCCUCUGGCAGGUGUUCACCUCCCCAGUUCUGUUCAUGAGGUGGCUGUUCUCAGGGCUGGCAUCUGCCUGGCACAGCCUCACCGGCACUGCUCCCCACCUGCACGGUGUCCCCUUCUCCAGGCGCUACCCACGACUGAAGAGAUCUUUGCUGCUGCUGCUCCUGCUCCUGCUCCUUGCUGCUGCCGCCUAUGGGGCUUGGUACUUCUACCCAUACGGGCUGUCAACUCUCAGCCUCCCUGUGUUCCCAUGGUGGGGAGCUGGGAAGCAUUCCUCCUCGCAGGUACCUGCAGCAGGGGACCUGACUGCACUGGACCAGGGACCGUGGGCAGAGCACCGGCUCCUGACUCGCUUCCAGUCCCUGGAGAAGCGUUUUGAGGCCCUGGAGGCUGAGGUGUCACGGUGGGAACUGCAGCGUGGAGCAGCAGCAGUGGCAGCCGGGGGAGGGCCACCCCCGGGGGACAUCUUGGCACUGCUGGAGGGGCUGGUGAGCCGCCGGGAUGCAGGGCUGAAGGAGCAUCUCCGCACCGAUGUGACCAACCACAUCCAGGGCGAGCUGGAUGCCCUCCGAGCCCAGGUGCAGAGGGAUUUAGACCGGCGCCUGGGAAAGAUGGCACAAGCCUCUCAGGAAAUGGAGGCCCGCUUGCUGGAGCUGAACUCGGAGUGGCAGAGCUCAGUGCAGGAGGGCCUGCAAGGGAGCUUCCAGCAGGAGGUGGGCAAGCUGGAGCAGGAGGUGGCAGCGCUGAGGAGGGAGCUGGCUGACCUCAAGUCAGAUCAGGAGGUGAUGGGGAAGCACGUGGAGGGGAUGCUGGAACAACUGAAGGGUGUGCGGGCUGAUGUGGAAGCCCAGUUCCCGGCAUGGGUCAGUCGGUUCCUAUCACAGCCCCAGCAGGAUGGCACUGCCAGCCUUGUCCUUCAGCGGGAAGAUUUGCAAGCAGAGCUCCGGGCUCUGGAGCGCCGGAUUCUGGAUAAAGUCCAGGAGGACCAGAGGCUGUCAGCCCGGGAUGCUCAGGCUGGCAUCGGAGUGGCCCUGCGACAAGGGGGGACCACAGGAGUGACAGAGGAGCAAGUCCAUCUCAUUGUGGCUCAAGCCCUGAAGCGCUACAGUGAGGACCGUGUGGGGAUGGUGGAUUAUGCCCUGGAGUCAGCAGGGGCCAGUGUCAUCAGCACCCGCUGCUCAGAGACCUAUGAGACACAGACAGCACUUCUGAGCUUGUUUGGCAUCCCCCUGUGGUACCAGUCACAAUCCCCCCGUGUCAUCCUGCAGCCAGAUGUCAACCCUGGGAACUGCUGGGCAUUUCGUGGGUCCCAGGGCUUUGCCAUCAUCCGCCUGUCCGCUAUCAUCCGCCCAACGGCUGUGACGCUGGAACACAUCCCAAAAGCCCUCUCACCCCAAGGGACCAUCCCCAGUGCCCCCAAAGACUUUGCUGUCUAUGGCUUGAAAGAGGAGAAGGAGGAGGAAGGCCGCCUUCUAGGGCAGUUCACUUACAACCAUGAUGGCGACGCCAUCCAAACAUUCUACUUGGAGGGUGAUUCAGUGGGCACGUACCAGCUGGUGGAGCUCCGGGUGCUGAGCAAUUGGGGUCACCCCGAAUACACCUGCAUCUACCGCUUCCGCGUGCACGGGGAGCCAGCCCACUGACCCCCAACUCCUGCAGGGGACAAGGACGCAGGAGGAGGGGUUCGUCUGGUUUGCCGCUUCGCACGCAGAAAUCCUGGGAUGUGCCAGCAGCCACCCUGGGAAGCUGCUUCCCUCUGGGGAGGAGAAGAGCUGGUCUAUGAGGGAUGAGGCUUACACUCUUCCAUGGACCAGGGUGGUGAGCAUCCCACAUGGGUCCUAGCGCAGCCUGGCUUGUUUUCAGCAUCCAUCGGACAUUUUAACUUUUUUAAGCUAAUUUUUUUUUUUUCUUAAAUCGGGUCUGCGCAGCCCCUCGUCCCCACUGCCCUGCUCCUCUCGGAUGGUGCACCUCGUGUUGCUGGGGCUUGGGAAGGGGCUAUGUAAUUUUGCGAUGCGCUUCACGCGGGCUUGGGCGAGACGUGGCAUACGGGACCGCGGUGACCGGCUCGGUGUUGCCGGAGUAGGUGGGAGCCACAGGUUGUGGCCACCGAGUCUUCUUCCCUCUGCCACAGGGUCAUUUCUCCUGCCUUGGUGUUGGUUUAGGUCAGGAUCUUCAGAUCUCAGAAGCUGGGCUGGUAGAGGGGAAAUAAGACAGUAUUAAUGAAGUAUUAAUGUAAAACUAACGGUUUGGGGCAGCAGGAGGGGAGAAAUUUGGCACGUGUUGGUGGCAGGGGCCGCCUUGGUGCUGCCGUCCGUCUGUUCGAGCCCUCCUGCCACCGGUGACUGCCUUGGGUCUUGGCAAUACCUUUGCCCCCCACCCUGGCUGGCUGGCUCCCCAGUGGUAAGCUUGAUGAUGCUGUUGAAAACUGUUGCCUGCUUCCCUUUUUGGGGUUUGUUCUGUGUUUUGUUGUUUUUGUUAAUUUUUUAAGGGGGGGUGCAGGGAGGGGGUGUUAUUUUCCAGUUGGGGUAUUGAGGUGAUGGUUUUGUUUUGUUUUUUUGUAGUUACAAAAAGACUUUUUCCAUGCGGUUUUUACUUAACAGGAGAAAGCUAUGUGGUGCCACUCAAGUGAGUGGCUUAGACACAGAAAGGGCUAGAGCUUUGCUCAGUAGGACAGCAUGUGCAGUAGGACAAGCUAGAGUAUGAUGAGCACAGCUGCUUAAAAUAAGCAGCACUGGUGGCUUGGUAGCGGGAUCUGGGAGACAAGGUCCUGUGUGGACUGCUCCUCGGUGGGGUGCCGGGGGCACUCCUUGCUCCGGAGAUUUUCUCCGAGACUGCAACACGUGGCUCGGGGCUCUCCCCCCUGGCUGAAUCUGUAUGCAGGUGACUGCUGGCAGCGAGCAGGACCUGCUGCCCCCCUGCUCUGCAUGCCUCUUGGCUGUCUCUUAGGUGGCAGGUGGGGUGGAGAGGAGAUGGCUUUCCCCAGGGCUUGCCGGUGCUUUCCCUUGGGAGCAGCUGGGCCUCCCUGCACCUGCGGCAGCACUUUCGCCUCCUGCUCCCCGAUGGCAGAUGGCUGGCAGGGCAUGGCCUCCUUUCUCUUGGAAGGGCUCCCUUGCCCUCCUGCCUUCUCCUCGCUGGCAUCGCUCUGCUCCCCCAGGCCUGGCUGCAGGGGACCAGGCUGAAGCAGCAAUGGGAAGUCCUAUCUGCAUGGGGCACUUAAAUCAUGUCUGUACCCAUCAUGUGAUGGGGGGAAGGGGGGAAUGCAGCAAGGAUGUACAGGGACCUUCCCCAAGCUGAGGAGUGCCAGGGGCAUCUGGCCACUGCACCUCUUGGCUGCCUCCACAAUUAGUUUGGCUUAUGCUCUUGGAUGGCUUUUGUAAGCUCCACAUUUGUCUUGCAUUAUGUUGAAAGAAAAGCUAAAGGGCUCAUGUUUAGUAUUUCAGACCCUGUCUGAUGCUGGCAUCAUCUUUCCCCAGAACCAUGAAUUGCUUCCUGCUCUAGUCUGUGCUUGAAGUGCUGUAGGGUGAGGGAUGUAGAGGAAAGGAAGGGGCUGAAGAAGUGUGCCCUGAUCUGCUUUGGGCAGAGGUGCUGAGUCUUCCUUCAUGCUGGAUGAGGAGGAUGGUAGCACAGCCUUUCUGGAGGGGUCUUCUCGCUCCAAGCAGGGGUGCAAGCCCAAAGGGUGCAGCCCCAUCUCCAGCAGGUUAAAAUAACCCUGUGGAGUCCACUGCAGAGCUGAGAGGCCCCACUGCUGGGAGCAGGCAGACCUGGGGCCAGAUCCAGUGACUAUAAAUUCUCUCCUAUAUUGAGCAUAGUCUUAAUUCUUGGCAUCCACAGCCAAAGUUAUUUUAAACUUGCCUACAGCUGCCCUCUUGCCUUGCAGUCAUGUCUGUGUACACAGAGCUGUGCUUUUAUGAAUGUCUAGACCUGCCCUGGACUCAGCAGAGCAGCGCCUGUGCUUAAUUGAAUAAUAAAGACAGAGCAGAGAUGAAGCUCUCCCCCUUCCUCAGAGGUUCUCUGGUUGCUGGAACAAGUGCCAUGACCAUGACAAGGUUGGAAAACCCCUUUCCUUACGUCGCUGCUGGCUCCCUGGCCUGUGGAUUGAGCUGUAGCAGAUGAUCUCCUGCUACAGGGGGCACGCCGGUGAGAGGAGGGAAAGGAGAACAGAGUUGGAGCAGGGUCCUUCUAUGUGAGUGUUAACCACUAGCUGUGGGGCAGGCAGCUUUGGGAUUUAGAAGGUGAGCUUGUCUUGCCCUUUGGAAAUUAAGUCUGCUGUUGUGGAAUCAACAGACCCCCUGGAGACACAAGCAGGGGGGUCACCCUGGAGUUUUAUGCUCUUUUGUAGAGGAUAGUGCAGGUUUUGGAGACUUCACUAUGCUGCAUAAGGAUCCCCAGGAAGGCAGGCUGAGGUUGUAUGUGGUUAUUUCAGCCCUCAGAUUUCGGCAGUGGUGCUGAGCUGCAUCCCAAGCACCUCCAGCAAGUGCCCAGGCAGCUGCUUCACGCCAGCAGCAUUUCUGUAGCACCUUCCUGAGCUGCAAAGGGAAAAGAGGGCACGUAAAGCUGCUGCUGCAGCGCCAUGCAUCUCUGCUGAGGGUUAUUUAAUCCUCCUGCUGAUGCAGAAGAUGAGCCUGGUGAAGUGGAAGAAAUGCAAAACAACUGUCAGAGCAGAUAUCCCUUAUUUCCUCCUUUUUUUUUCCUCCCCCCCCAGUCUGUUCUCCUUCCUUUAUGCUUUGCCCUUCACAUGGGUUUGGAAUUAACCCUGCAAAAACAGAUGGUUACAGGCAGG